AUGUUCCCAUACGACCAAGCGUCUCAAAUAGCUUCUGCUGAGGAAGCCCUAAUCACUGCAUUCUCGUGGCGGUGUUUAGCCACCAAAGUGAGGGAACGGAUAGCCGACAUCCGGGGCUAUAACCGGGUUGGUGGACCGCUGGUAGUCCACCUAGAACUCGGAAGUUUAGUUCAAUUGGCGUUAUUUUCGGUUUCACGACCAUUUCAAAUCAGUAUUAUUCAAUUAAUUCAUGUGGAACUGUUUAGUGUGAGAAAAUCGUUUGUUUUGUUCAGAGAACCUCAUUUCGAACAGGGCUCUGGUCCGUGGCAAGCGUGGAAGGAUGUGGAAAGUAUGUCAGCAGACCAGGCCCGCUCGGAAUAUGUAUCCAAACUGCACGAGGUGGAUCCAUCAUGGGAUCCCAAAAACAACAACAGCUACUGCCUGGCUAAAACAUUUUCACAUCAGGGUCAAGGUCACACUGAUCGGACCACAUCUGCCGGUGGUGUGACCAUGGCACGAUGCGUGUGUCGGGCCAUCGCAAGGGUGUUCGAUAAGCACAUUGCCCCCGGAGCAUUCAUUCCGAUUCUUCCUAACCAGAUGUUCACUACAGGGGUAUCCAAAGGCCCGAAAGGAACAGUCUAUGUGAGUCGCAUGUUGAUGUUGGAUCCCGAGCCGAAUGGUUCCAAUUCAGAGGAUGACCGACCAAUUUUCAACGCCGUGAAAAAUGGAGAUUUGGAACAAGUGAAGCGGCUAAUUGAGCAAACUCCAGAUGUUGUUAAUGCGCGCGACUCUGAGGUACGUUCUAUACAUGCGAAUUUUCGCAACAAAGUACAUGGGCAGAAAUAUGCGUGCAUUGUUUCAUCAUAG